AUGGUAACAUUGGGAAAGAGAGGUGAUGAUCAUGCUAAAUCUCAAGCGAUGGCGUUUUUACGGGUAAUCAUUAAAUCUUUUAAAAAAUAUUCUUUUCAAACUGUUAUUUUACAUAAAGAUUUUGUUAUCGAACGUGACUUGACUGUCCCCAAACUCUUCAAUGAGAUGGCAGAUCGGUAUCGAAUUCGUAAAGGAGGUUACACACGCAUCCACAAAUUAGGAUCCCGUGAGGGAGAUAACGCGCCAAUGGCAGUUUUGGAAUACGUGGAUACGCCAGGAGACUUGAGUUAUUCCAUGUUGAUAAAAAAAUUAGCAAGAAUGAAAAUCGAUCCGUCUCUUAAAAUAUCUCCUACGAUAAUCGAGGAAGGACAAGCUCCAGGAAUGGAUAAACGAGAAUUUAAAAAGACUAUGCGCUGUCUCCAAGGACAAAAAAAAUUUGAAAGAAAGGUGGAGAAAAUGAAGAAUUCGAAGAGUAUGUCCAAGGAAGAUUUGGAUAAAAAGGUUGAGACUGAAAUUCAUAGGUUAAAGAAUUUAGGUAAAAGGGAGAGUGAAUUGCGAAUUCAAAGCAAGAUUAGGAGAAAAGGAGGUCACCUUUCUUACGAAUCAUAUUAA